GUACGAGCGCAUGACUGGAAUAUGUUCUAUGUUGAAAUUGAAUUCGAUGGAGAUCUCUCGUAUCCCGCGAGAGAUAACCUCUGAAAGCCCGAAAAGGUCUGUGUGAUUGCUAAAUAAACCGAGCAAUAUAAUAUAACAGAAUAUUAGAAAAUGGCUGUGUUCUCGAGUAUUUUCUCUCGCAGCGGUUACAGCGGACUGCAAGCAGCGAAAAUAUUGCACAAUGCGGUCAGAAAGAGUACCUUGGUAACUGACGCAAAUCCAGUGGAUAAAUCAUUUAACAGCAAGACAGCAGAGCAGAGUUUUAAGCAAGACAAAGUUAUUCCGUCGAGAUAUCGAUUCACUUACCCGGAAUUCUUACCAGAUCCUAAUCCAAAAUUUCGCAAUUCACUUAGAGAAAAAUUGGAACGCAUAGAUAUGUUGGCAAGACGGGCACACAUAGAUAUACCAGAGUUUUAUGUCGGUUCAAUACUAGCUGUAACUUACUCAGAGCGACACGCUCCUGGAAAGAUCAACAAAUUUGUUGGAAUAUGCAUCGAGAGACAUGGUGGUGGAUUGAGAGCUAAAUUUCAGUUGAGGAAUGUAGUUGAUUCUCAAGGCCUGGAGGUGCUCUUUGAAUUAUAUGACCCUGCUAUACAGAAGAUAGAAUGUCUCAGACUUGAAAAAAGGUUGGAUUCACAUUUACGGUAUCUUCGAGAUGCACCACAAGAAUACAGUACAUUUCCCUUUGAUAUGGAACAAGAACAUUUGCCAGAAGGAGCACCAGUUCCUGUAAAUGAAAUUAAAAUAAAGCUGAAUCCGUAUCCGUGGUUAGAGAAAUGGGAAAUUCAACACUUAAAAGGUGCAGAAUUGCAACUCAACGAAAGACGCAGGAAAAGGCAGGAAAAAUCUAAGAAGCCUUGGGAAAAAUAUGACCUGAUGAAAACAUAUAGGUCGACUAUACCCGAGGAAGAACAAAAUAAGAUAUUCAAUGAAGUAUAUACAAAAUUACAUGAGCUGGAGAUUACUAGACGUAGACAGAAACACAAACGAAUUUUCAUACGUCCGAAGAAAACUGUUUAAAUUGACGAUUAUCUACUGAAAUUCUUUAUCCGCAUAAGUCAUAAAAAGAAAAUAAAAAAAUAUAUGUAACUUUUUCCUGUACAAUAUGUUUAAUUACUCUUCUAAUAUGAUACAAUUGUAAUUAUUACGCAAAAGAAAGCAUUUCGUAAUUAAGCCAAUAAUUUUCUAACUAAACCAAAUGUAGACAAAACAGUUACAGCUGAUUUGACUUAUUUGUUUUAUUAUCCGCAUUAAAUAGUAGUAAUCUAUACUUAUGUAUUAUUUGCAACUUCAGAUCAAUAAAAAUUUCUUUUUAUUGGGAAGUGAAAAAUA